UUGUCAAGCACGCGAAUAUGGCCCAGUUUUCUGUAUCUUAUGUCCCUGAAGCUGUAAACCUGUGCACGCACAUCCUUUCCAGACUCGAUCUUUCAUGACCGGACAGUCUUCACAAAUAUCUGGACUUUCAACGGAUCUGAUGCAUCCAACGGAACAUCAAACCCUGAAAUCCCUAGGGUGCAAGGUGCAAGCAAGCGGCGUGAGUGGGCGAGUCCUAGCCGUUUCAUACAGCCACGACCAGCUAACCUAACCUCAGAUCUCUUGACCUCAUCCUGAACAUUAAGGUAACUGUAAUUGAGAGGGAUUGCAGGUGGCCUGCUAGUGAAUGAAAUUGUGAGACGAGAAACCAUUCGUAAAAACUAAAACAUAACAGAUGACAAAGACACCAGUUACUGAAGCCCCCUGUCAGAGCAUGGGGGAUAACAAUCACAGCUCUCUGAAUGAACUCGUGGAACCCGUGACCCGAUUGAAACAUCAAAACGCUAGGUGCUCUAGUAGUGGUGUGCCUGCGGGGCAUGUAACUGGAGUUGUCCCUCAGUUAGUAGUGACAUAUGAACCAGCCCCCAGUACUCGUUUUGAGCACAAGACCACACGGACUAACAACAGCGCCUUAUCGUUUUGCACACACCCCGACGAAGAAUCCUUGUGCUCUGACAGUGGAAUUGGUGGCUCGCCCGCCCCCUCGCUUCUUUAUCGCAAGUUGUCAAGUUCUUCCUCGGCUGUGUUGUCACCUGCUUCGUCUUUUGAGGAGUAUGAUGAAGAAUUCAGCGAGCCUUGCACUACUGUGACGGGGACCCGAUUGAAAGAAGGCUGUUCUGAAUCCAAGAAUGAGCCGAUGAAGUCGAGGAACAUGGUGAACUCCUCUCCGUCUCCAGCGCCUCUCAAAGCCGUCUCUCCGUGGGUUCAGGUCGUGGGACACGCAGGAAACUUCCGGGCCGGCCCCAACGGCAAGCUGCUGAAGAAGUACUGCGAGUCGGAGCAGCACUGCCUCCAGAAGCUGAUGGGCGACGCGCUGCGGCCGUACGUGCCCGCUUACUACGGCAUCACGCAGCAGGACCAGCAGGACUACAACACCAUGGACAACCUGCUGGCCGGCUUCGACUCACCCUGUAUCAUGGACUGCAAGAUGGGCACCAGGACGUACUUGGAGGACGAGCUGCGUAAGGCCAGAGAGUCUCCUCAGCCCCGCAAGGACAUGUACGAGAAGAUGGUGGCGGUGGACCCGGGGGCGCCGUCCCCUGAGGAGCACGCCCAGAGGGCCGUGCUGAAGACCAGGUACAUGCAGUGGAGGGAGAGCCUCAGCUCCACCGGCACGCUCGGCUUCCGCAUCGAGGGCAUACAGAAAGCUGAUGGUACGGUUAACACCAACUUCAAGAAGACCAAAUGCAAGGAGCACGUUGUUGAGGCCCUGCAGGACUUUGUGGGCAAAAGCAUCCCUGUUCUGAGGACUUACCAGAAACGUCUGAAGGAGAUGCGACAGGUGCUUGAAAAGUCUGACUUCUUCAGAGCUCAUGAAGUGGUGGGCAGCUCCCUCCUGUUCAUCCACGACCGCACGGGCAAAGCUGGCGUGUGGAUGAUCGACUUUGGCAAGACGCAGCCCCUGCCAGCCCCGCUCACACUGGACCACCGCACGCCGUGGAUGGAGGGCAACCGCGAGGACGGCUACCUGUGGGGCUUGGACAAUUUCAUUGACAUCCUGACCAACAUGCUGUUGGUGCUGUGAGAGUGAAGCAGGGUCAAGGUGUAUUUCUCCUCCUCUACUUGGUGGGGAAUGCCUCGUCUUCCUUAUAGAGCACACAUGGGACCAUGACGUCUUCUUUGAUGUACGGUAACAAACAGACUGUUAAAUAUGAUGCUGAACAUAACGGGAGUCAGCGCAGACCCCCCCCC